AUGACAACUGAAACCGCGACGAAAGCACCGCCUACGAAGGAGACUUUUCACUUCAUCAACGAGCCGGCAGAAGCUAUCAACGAAGCCCUGAUCGGUCUCACGCAUCUCAAGCCGAGCUUAUCAUACAACAAGGAAUACAAGAUUGUGUACCGCAACGACCUGGCCGCAUUCAGUGAGGAUCAUGUCACGACGAUUGGAUUUGGUAAGGUGUCCUUCUCAUUGGAGAGUGCAUCCCAGCUAACGAUUGCUUCCAAGCUGGCGGCGGCCACGAACCCAUGUUCGGCGGCUUCGUAGGACACAAUUACCUCUCGGCCUACGUCUCCGGUAACGUCUUCGCGUCUCCCACCGCUGCGCAGAUCUUCGAAGCGAUCAAGAUGUGUCAACCGACUUCGGGCAAGAAGAGCAGAGGGACAUUGAUUGUGUGCGGAAACUAUACUGGUGAUAUUCUGAACGCCGGGUUGGCGAUUACACGGGCACAGGCGGCUGGGUAUAAAGUCUACUUCAAGCCGGUAGGGGACGAUGUUGCGGUGGGGAGGAAGAAGGGAGGAAAGGUAGGGAGGAGGGGGUUGAGUGGACAUCUCAUUGCGUUGAAGAGUGCUUGUGCGCUUGCGGAGAAAGGGGAGACGUUGGAGCGGGUCGCGGAGGUUAUGGAGUAUGUUGCUGGUAAUGUCGGGACGAUUGGGGUUGCCUUUGACAGGUAUAAUCGAUCGCUCUCUCCCCAUGCUACUGAUGGUGACGAAUGUUGAUCACGCUUCUAGGGUCGCUCUCCCCAAUGCUACUUUGACCGACCUGCAGACCUUACCGCCAGCCACCAUCGAGCUCGGAAUGGGGGCCCACGGUGAACCCGGUCUCCAGCAAAUCUCCCCGAUCCCCCCGGCAGACGCUCUCGUUUCCCAAAUGCUCGACCUCCUCCUCGACAUCUCCGACAACGACCGAGCCUUCAUCCCCUUCUCCCAAUCCACACACCCCACCACCGACCACGAAGUCGUCCUCCUCUUGAACUCCCUCGGCAGCACCUCCGACGAGAUCCUCGCCCGCUUCGCCGAACUCGCAAAGACGGAACUCGAACGGCGCGGCUUCCUCGUCAGGAGAUUAACACUGGGCCCUCUCGUGACGAGUUUGAAAAUGAGUGGCUUUGGGAUUACGGUUUGGCGUUUACCCCCGGACAGCGGCGAGACCAUGGAAAGGAAAGAGGCCUUGCAACUCUGGGAUUCCAAAGUCGAUGUCGUUGCUUGGAGACAGUAA